AUGGCGACCGAUUCCAUUAGAAAAGAUAUCAAGGCCCCUGACGCUCAGGACUUUGGCAGUGUAAAUGUGGGAGAUAGCACCAAAAUCAAUUCCGGUGAUUAUUCUCGGUUCCUGGAACUGAACGUAGAGUUCUCGGGGGCGAAGCUCAAGAAAUUGAUUCGCAAGUGCGACUUUCAUGUUCUACCACAGCUGAUCUUCAUCUAUCUCAUGUCCUAUGUGGACCGAACCAACGUCAGCAAUGCCAAACUCUUCGGCAUCGUGGAUGACCUCGACCUUGGCGGCCAGCGAUGGAACACCUGUCUCUGCAUUUUCUUUGUCACCUAUGCGUUUGGUGGUGUGCCUUCCAACAUCGCCCUCAAGCGCUUUGGCCCCAAGAUCUGGCUCCCCGUCCUCAUGACCUCGAUCUCACUCGUCAUGGUCUUCACCUCUCUUCUGAGCAACUAUGCCGGCUGGGCGGCUUUCCGUGUUAUUCUGGGUCUGGUAGAGGCCGGUGUAUUUCCGGGAUGUUCCUUUGUCCUGACACAGUGGUACUCUCCUCAGGAAGUUAGCGCGAGAAUGGGUAUCUUCUACUCGGGUGCCUCUGCUGCGGGUGCCUUUUCGGGGCUUCUGGCAUAUGGAAUUGGGCAGUUGGAUUACACGUGGGGAUACCGUGGAUGGAGAUUUAUCUAUUGCAUUGAAGGUGUCUUCAGCUUUUGCAUUGCCGUCGCUGGAUUCUGGCUCGUCUACGACACCCCUGCCAAGGUUAAAUGGCUCACGCCUGAGGAAAAAGAAUUCCUCACUCUGCGCCAUAAGUUCUCUGCUGGCGGAGAGAACACUGGCAUUGGCGAGAAGGAGGGCUUCUCUUGGAAGCACGCCCGCUCGGCCUUCCGGUCGCCGCACAUAUAUGCCGUUGCGGCCACCGAAUUUACCCUCUGUGUUGCUGUGUACGGAUACGGUUUCGUACUACCAACCAUUAUCAACAACCUAGGCUUCUCUGCCGCUAGAGCCCAGGCCAUGACGGUGCCGCCGUACGUUUUUGCAUGCGUCGUUACCGCGUUCUCCGGGUAUAUGGCAAAUAAAUGGCAGAAAAGGAUGCUACCCUUGUUUCUGGUAAACCUCAUGGCACUAAUUGGCUUCGUCAUCAUGAUGGUCAGUGUGCGGUACCCAUCGAUACCGGGGGUUACUCUUUUCGGUGUUUUCCUGACGACGGGCGGCUUAUAUCCUGUCUCUCCUCUGGCGACAGCGUGGAUCUCCCUCAACUGCGCCGGCACCAUGAAGCGGGCAGUUGGCAUCGGUGCCAUGAUUAGUUUCUCUCAGCUCGGAGGAAUUGUCGGCUCCAACAUCUAUAUCGCGGAUACGGCACCGAAAUACCCUGUCGGAUUCGGAAUUAGCAUUGGCAUGCUUGCCGUAUUCGGCUGCAUUUGGCCUCCUACCUAUGCCUUGAUUCUGAAACGCAUCAAUGCAAAACGGGCGGCGAUUAGUGAGGAGGAGGUGAAGGCUAAGUAUACUGAGGAGGAACUUGCUGAGAUGGGAGACGAGAUCCAUCACCAUGGAUCACCGCACACGUUCACACUGCCUAUCUCAUCAACUCUUGACGAUCUCUCGUCCGCCAUCUCCGUAUCUGCCGACCUCCAGAUCCCCAUCGAGAACCAGAAGCUUUUAAUCGCGCCGAAACUGGGGCUCCAGAAGCCUCCCUUCGAUGCCGUCACGCCCCUAGCAGAGCUUCUCCCCCUCUCAUCACCCAAAUUCAAAAUCACCUUACUAGGCACAAAAGCGCAGGAUAUAGACUCCAUGAACGAAACUAUACAAAGCAACAAACACCGCCUGGCUGCACGCGCGCAAGCCCGUCGCCAGCCACACCCACCGAUUUCCCGGCGGCCGCCAGGUGGUAUACACACGCUCUCUUCGCCAUCAUCAUCUGCAUACACAUUCGGCCGAUGCGAGCCGUUGCCAUACCUACCCAAUCCAGCGCGCAGUCUCACCUUUUUGGAACGUCUGCGUGAUGACCCAGGCAUCAAAUUUGCCAUGGCCAAACACCGAUUCUUUGUACCUUUGCUCACGGAGAUGAACCCAGCCGAACACACAACACAUGAGUCGCGAACAUUAGGCUUAAACCGGAAUAAAGGCGAAGUCAUCGAGUUGCGGUUGCGAACAGAUGCAUAUGAUGGAUACAGGGAUUAUCGCACUAUACGGAAAACGCUCUGCCACGAACUGGCGCACUGUGUGCAUAGCGAGCAUGAUCGCAACUUCUGGGAUUUGACGAAACAGAUUGAAAUAGAAGUUGAAAAGGGAGAUUGGACGAGAGGUGGUCAUCGCUUGUCUGAGCAGGAGUUUUAUAAUCCGCAGGACUGGGAGACCGAAGGGCAGCGGAGUGAUGAUGAAUGGGUGGAUCAUGGAGGUUGGACGGGCGGUGAAUUCGUUUUGGGUAGAGCAGAGCCUUCUACUACUGCUGCUGCUGCUGGAGAGGGUAGUCAGGCGCUGAGUCGGAGGGAGAUUAUGGCUCGUGCUGCAGAGGAUCGGUUGAAAAAGGAACAGCAUCGAGGGAAGGGGUCUAAUUCUAAUGCCGAGGAGUGA